GGUGGUAAGCUGAAGUCCCCCGCUGUCGAGGGUUCCGGCGAGCGUGCGGGAUGAGCGGGUCCCUGGGCCGGGCGGCGGCAGUUCUGCUCCGCUGGGGGCGCGGCGCGAGCGGCGGUGGCCUGCGGGGCCCGGGCGUGCGAGCGGUGGGCUCGGGCGGCGGCAGCGGCUCGGCGGAGCAGCUGGACGCGCUGGUGAAGAAGGACAAGGUGGUGGUCUUCCUUAAGGGCACACCGGAACAGCCCCAGUGCGGCUUCAGCAACGCGGUGGUGCAGAUCCUGCGGCUGCACGGCGUCAGCGACUACGCGGCCUACAACGUGUUGGACGACCCCCAGCUACGGCAAGGCAUUAAAGACUAUUCCAACUGGCCCACCAUCCCGCAGGUGUACCUCAACGGCGAGUUCGUGGGGGGCUGUGACAUCCUUCUGCAGAUGCACCAAAACGGGGACCUCGUGGAAGAGCUGAAAAAGCUGGGGAUCCGUUCCGCCCUUGUGGACGAAACGAAAGACCAGGACUCCAAGUGAGGGCGGCCGGGUCCUCCCUGAGCCGAGGCCGCAGCAGCCGGCGGGAGAGGGAGCCACUGGGCCGAGACUCCCUGCCAGAGAAGCCUUACCGAUUUGGGUUUUCGCUGUUCAGACAGCUGCUUACACUGAUUCUCCAGUUUGUACGCAGUUGGGUGAUUUUCGUGUGUGGUGUUUGGGCUAAGGAUACUCUGUUGUGAACUUAACAAUAACCACUGCACUGUAAUAAUUCAAUGUUAUUGAUGUAAACAAAAUUUGUUUUCACAUUGUGAUUUGCUCUUUGCCUGAUUCAGGAGUAAACACAGGAGCUUUUGAACCAUCAUCGUUAUUCAUGAGUCCUCUGCCAAUAUGUCAGUCUGCAAAGAUAAUAUAUCUCCCCCACCGCCCAAGUUUUUGUAACUUGUGCUGUUAAGAAAAAUGAUGGAUAAAGAAGAAAACGUGAUAAUUGGGAUGUUGUUUUUAAAAUAAACAGCCAGGGAUACUGUG